AUGGCAUUUAUCUUCAAUAAGAAGCAACACAAGCUAGAGUUGCCGAUCAGUUCUCGGGGUCACGCGAAACUUUCACCGAAGAAGAAGGGGGCCAAUUCAGCUUGGAGUCUUCCGUUGAAGCUCAAGCUACGCAGUCCAGUUGGUAUAUUAUUUAUUCUCUGUGGCUUUCUUUAUCUCCUGACGAGGGUAUUCACCGAAGAUGGCUCAGGCGCGUCGUACAAGAGCUUUACUUUAGAAGACAAAGAAUACUACGACUACGAGUUCAAAGAUGUCGACGUUGAAGCAAUUCGCAAAUACGACUCGGGUGCUGAACAUUAUCUAAUUACUAAGGGAGGUGUUGAAGCUCUCAGCGAGGCAGACAAAGCUACCUAUGACCGAGAGGUUCAAAUGUUGCUAGACAGCACUGUCGAAGAAUAUGAUCUCAGCAAGUAUGAAGGUACUUCGCAUGGUGCAGAAAACAAAGAGCAUGUUCUGAUGCUUAUUCCUUUGAGAAAUGCGGAAAAUGUCCUACCACUCAUGUUCAAGAACCUCAUGAACUUGACUUAUCCACAUGAGUUGAUAGAUGUCGCGUUUCUUGUUAGUGAUUGUUCUGAAGGAGACAACACCCUUGGUGCUUUGAUGGAAUACUCUAAAGAGCUUCAAAACGGUACGUUAUCUUUAUUACUUGCGGAUCAAGAAGAGCGUAAUGACAAGGCGAAUCCUAAAGGUUCUCAAGAUCUCUUUCUCAAAUAUAUGAAACAGGAGUAUUUGGACAAAGUAAGAGAAGCAUUCAACCCUCCAUUUCACGAGAAUUAUGACAAACCUUUUAGAUCAAUCCAAAUUUUUCAAAAAGAUUUCGGACAGAUUAUUGGACAAGGCUUUUCCGAUAGGCACGCCGUCACUGUCCAGGGUAUCAGACGCAAGCUUAUGGGACGUGCCAGAAAUUGGCUGACGGCGAAUGCCUUGAAACCUUAUCACUCGUGGGUUUACUGGAGAGAUGCCGACGUUGAACUCUGCCCUGGUUCGGUAAUUCAAGAUUUGAUGGCAAUGGAUUAUGAUGUUGCUGUACCUAAUGUUUGGAGACCUUUGCCCGAUUUCCUAGGCGGUGAACAAGCUUACGACCUGAACUCAUGGGUUGAGUCAACUGAGGCUCUUAAGCUUGCCAAGAAUUUGGAUGAAGAUGACGUAAUUGUGGAGGGUUAUGCUGAGUAUCCGACUUAUAGGGUACAUUUGGCUUACAUUAGGAAUCCAAACGGUGAUCCAACUGAGGUUUUACCUUUAGAUGGUGUUGGAGGUGUGUCAAUCUUAGCAAAGGCAAAAUUGUUUAGAAAUGGUGUUCACUUUCCAGCAUUUACUUUCGAAAAUCAUGCCGAAACAGAAGCAUUUGGAAAAAUGGCCAAAAAAAUGGGUUACAGUGUCGGUGGGUUUCCACAUUAUACACUGUGGCAUAUUUAUGAGCCAAGCGAUGAUGAUAUUAAGCAAAUUGCUGCUAUAGAGAGAGAUAGCGGAAGAGUAUGA